UCAGUAGUCCCUUUUCUGCAUCUAAGGGAGCGGUAGUGUAUGCUUACAUUUAAGUGAGUUGGAUUCCAAAGUUAUUUCAGACGAGCCCAAGUGUCGCUCCUCCAGAGGCCGUAACCACUGAGGCGCAAGUCCCCAGUUCCUCAACAGGUUUCAUUGCCUGAACUCCAACAAUAUGCCUUGUGACAUGAAAAUGCUCUGCGCUGCAACUGUUUUCAGAGGACUGGGGAAGUUCCUGGUAUCGCUGGGUUCUGCUUGUAUGAAGCUGGGAAAUGCCAUCGGUGCCAGGGUGAUUGUCGCUUGCAGAGACAUAGCGAAGGCAGAAGCUGCAGCCAGUGAAAUCCGAGCUGAGACAGGAAACCAGCAAGUCAUUGUGAAAAAACUGGACCUGGCCGAUACGAAGUCCAUCCGGGAGUUUGCUGAGAAAUUUCUAGCAGAGGAGAAGGAACUCCAUAUUCUCAUUAAUAACGCUGGGGUAAUGUUAUGCCCUUACUCCAAGACUGCUGAUGGCUUCGAGAUGCACCUGGGAGUCAAUCAUCUUGGUCAUUUUCUCUUGACCUUCCUAUUGCUGGAGCGUCUGAAGCAGUCUGCCCCAGCCCGCAUAGUGAACGUGUCCUCACUGGCUCAUCACGGAGGCCGAAUCCGCUUCCAUGAUCUCCAUGGUGAGAAGAGCUACAAUCGUGGCCUCGCCUACUGUCACAGCAAAUUGGCUAAUGUGCUCUUCACCCGGGAGCUGGCGAGGCGGCUGCAAGGCACUAAAGUCACAGCAAACGCUCUCCAUCCUGGUUCUGUCCAUUCUGAGCUGGUCCGGCACUCAUUUGUAAUGAUGUGGCUGUGGAAGAUAUUCUCAUUCUUCUUGAAGACACCUUGGGAAGGAGCUCAGACCAGUGUCUACUGUGCAGUAGCAGAGGAGCUAGACUCUGUGACAGGACAGUAUUUCAGUGAUUGCCAGCCAGCAUACGUAUCUCCACGGGGUCGGGAUGAUGAGACAGCAAAGAAGCUCUGGAGUGUGAGCUGUGAGCUCCUUGGCAUCCAGUGGGACUGAGCAGCACACGCCUCAAGUGUGUACCUGGCUAAGCCCAGCAAUGCUUCUCCUGGGAAGAGCACUGCUGAGAGACCUCAAGACUAGAACGCUGAUACUUCAGCUGCCCUAAUGAUGGUUCUAUGGACACAACGUAACAUGAAUUUCUGGAAUAUUACACUUAAGGAUUGAGAUUUGUAAGCAACCAGUCCCCUUGCCUACCUGGAGAAUUAGAGCACCAACACAGGGAGCAACCUUGGCUUGUUAUCUCACACAACAGCCAGAGGCUAUUGUUCUCUGGCUUUAGAAUAGAAAUGGAGGUUGCAGUCUUAGGUUUAGAUUAUGAAGUAACAAAGAAUUACAUUUAAAGCUUUUUUUUUCCUAACAGUAAUAGUAAAAAGGUAGGACUCUAAACUUAUGAUCUGUGAGGUUAGUUUCAGUUCCUACUAUUUGACUUGGCAGAGUGAAAGUACUUUAGUAUAUUAGAUUUUCUGGCAAUUACAUGCAAUACAAAUGCUCACAAGCACACAGAAACAGGUGCUGGCCUUUUUGUGCCAAGCAUUAGGUAAAGUUUUUAAGUGGAAUCAAUUAUUUUUCUCUAUAUUCUCUGUAAGAAGCUGGACCCUAGCCACUGAAGUAUCUUUGCCCCAAAUGCCCAUUGAUUGCAGUAAGUUAACUGAGGGCUGACAUAUCUUUUAAGAACCCAGCUCAGUGCAGGUGACUGGGAGGUUAAAAGCUGCAGGAGUGCCGCAAUUGUGCAUAGGCAAGUUAUCUUAUUAAAAAAACCCACACACCUCUCCUGUGAAGCAUUGAGCAAAGAUGGUGUAACAGUUGUCACAAUAAACCCCCCAGCUGCACUUUAAAUGACUUUAGAACCUAGAAAAGAGAGCAGAAUGAGUAAAGAACAUCUCAACUAUGUUAAAAAAAAAUUAAACAACUUCAGCUAAGACUGUAGCUUUAAGUGACAGCAGACUACCUAGAGCUAAAUAGCUGAAGCAGAGGUCAGGGCUAUCUUAAUAUUAUGGUCAAGUUAGCUACAGGACAGGAAUGCAAGACUUGCACAGAAACCCUUACGUUUGUCUGCCCAGCAGUUACUGGCCUUGGCUGGCCAAGGCUGCCAGCCUGGCCUUGCAGUACCAUACAGCUUGCACUUCCAAAAGGCAGCUGGGUCAAUCCACGUAGUAAUGGGAUUGCUCCCUUGGAACUCUAGUGCUACUUUGGUGCAAAUUGUUAGCGUGUGAUCCAUAAUUGGAGAUAAUUUCUGAAAGAGUUAAACAGUUAGAAAACUGCUCAAGAGUGCCACAGCUUAUAGGAUUAUCUUCUGCUUCUGAAAAAAAAAAAAUCUGGAAGUUUUUUGACUUUCAUAUGAGCAUGCCACUGUGACCAACUGCCAGUUUUGGGAAACAAAUGCUAAUUUUAUGAUUAAUUCUUUCUGCCUGGAUGCUGUCUAUGCAGAUCAGUCCUGUGCUACCUCUGAGCAAUACUAAAUAAAGCCAUUUUCCUUUACAA